AUGGAGCGACUCAUCCAUGCUAUUCGAACAACUCCUCUAAUUGACAACCACGCUCACCCAUUACUUAUUCCUUCGGCUACGACGAAAUAUCCCCUACUAGGCAUUACCACCCAGGCAAAUGAAGAUACUCUGAGAGCUAAUCCUUCAUCAUUGGCACAAAUUCGAGCUAUAAAUCAACUUGCUGAUAUUCUCGACUGUCCACAAACGUGGAGUGAUGUUUCAGGAGCCAUCGCAAAAGAAAAAGUGAAACCAGGCAAUGUGUGGGCAAAACGAUGCCUUGAAGGAAUCGAAACAAUUCUUCUCGAUGACGGCCCAAAUGCGGACAAUGACGCCUUCGAUUAUUCUUGGCACGACAAAUUGACAAGUAGUAAGUGUAAGAGAAUAGUAAGGAUCGAAACACUUGGAGCGGAAAUAGUAGACCGGAACCUCGACUUAUUCGCUAUUUCGGAAGACAGAUUCUUUGCCUCGGUGCUCGAGGGGCUUCAGAAAGCCAUCAAUGAUGCUCUCUCUGACCCUGAUGUUGUCGCCUUUAAAUCAAUCAUCUGUGACAGAACAGGGCUUGAAAUUUCUCGGGCCUGUUUAUUGGAAGAGGUGAAACUAUCUUUAUUGCGAUGUAUCUGGAAACAGAAAGCCGAAGGUCAUACUCGCUUAAACAGGUCGAAUGGUCAACUGUUGAAUUCCUGGAUUAUUCACAUGACAGCUGAAACCAUACAGAAGUCCAAAACAACUCAUAAGAAGCCAAUUCAGUUCCACACUGGCUUGAGUGAUAAUGACACAAAUUUCACUCGCUCUUCGCCAUCCCAUCUGCAAGACUUCAUUCGAGAGUAUCCAGACGUUCCGAUCCUUCUGCUUCAUGCGGGGUACCCGUGGACAAAGGAAGCUGGAUAUCUAGCUGCUGUAUACUCGAAUGUCUAUACUGAUAUUGGCGAAGUAUUUCCCGGUAUAAGUCAAGAUGGUCAAGAGGCUAUCAUUCGCGAUCUGCUAGAGCUUUGUCCUACAGAAAAGAUCGUGUGGAGCACGAACGGACACUGGUUUCCAGAAACAUAUUUACUCGCAAAGAUCCAAUCUCGCGAAGCUUUUGAGAAGAUACUCAUGGAAUAUGUUGAAAGAAAGGCAUUGACUAUUGCACAAGCCGUUAAAUUCGUCGAAAAUGUGUUCUUCAACACAUCUAAUGAGCUUUAUGACCUCCAAUUAAGAUUGAGGUCAACUGAAUCACAGAUCGUUGAACGGCUUACUAAUGGUGUGAACGGAGCUAGAAGGAUCAAGGGAAUUAACGACACCAACGAUGCUAACGGCGUCAAUAGUUUCAAUAGUUUCGACAACAUCAAUCGAACCAACAUCAUGGAUGAAUGCAACGGAGUCAAUGGAUACUACGAAAGCAACGGGAUCAAGGGUAUCAGUGGCGCAGACGCUUCGCAGUAUCCAUCGGACCUCGAGAUCUUUGAAUCAUUCAUGGCAAAACAUCCAGAGAUACAUUUUCUGCGUGUACAAUAUAUCGAUUACUGUUCCAUCACUCGACUACGAAUUUUACCUGUGAAACGUGUCCGUAAUCUCCUUUACGACGAAAAGGUUGAUGUAUCCAUUGGGAUCACUAACAGCAGCUUAACUCUCAUGCCAAACGAUCAUCGCAUCGAUUCAGUUUCUCCCAGAGGCGUAUGUAGGCUUCUACAUGCCGUUCUCUCUUCAAUACGUCCCGGACCUUGUUAUGGGUAUGCGUCAGCCCAAGCAGAACUUCGCAACCCCGACAACUCGUCGCUGGAUGUAUGCCCCAGAACCACUCUCCGAAGCGUAUUGAAUGAAGCAAAGAAUCAUGAUCUUGAAUUUCUCGUUGGCUUCGAGAUUGAAGUUGUGUUCAUGAAAGGCACACUUAGCAAAGACGACAGCACACUCAACUUUACUCCUCUUCCGGGUACGGACUCUCAUUGCUGGGGAUCUAGUAAUGCCCUCACCCAUGCCAUCACAGAUGCUGUGGGUGAGAUUGUCGAUACACUCUCUAACGCUGGUAUCGAUAUUGAACAAUGGCAUCCAGAGUCAGCUACUGGCCAAUUCGAAUUUGUCCUACCUGCAUGUGCACCCCUCGAAGCUGCAGAUAUACUUUUACAAGCUCGCGAGAUCAUUACCACAGUUGCACGAAAUCAUGGAUGGCGCGCCACAUUACACCCCAAACCUCUUCCAAACAAAAUCGGCACGGGAGCACAUGUUCACCUUUCCAUACCUACCCCAGAAGGCGAGAAAGAAGAGACCUAUACUCAUUUCUAUGCUGGAAUAUUGAAACACCUUCGAUCAAUCACGGCUUUUACUUAUAGCAACCCAGCCAGCUACGACCGUAUGUCUGCAACUGGCGGUUGGGCCGGUAGUACAUGGGUGACUUGGGGGACGCAAAAUCGAGAGACGCCGCUACGAAAAAUCGACGGAUCCCACUGGGAAGUCAGAUGUCUUGAUGGGCUUGCCAACAUUUAUUUGGCCCUAGCAGCUCUGAUUGGUGCCGGUGUAGAAGGCGUGAUUGCAAAAGACAAGAUGACAUGGCUUGAUUGCGACAUGAAUCCCACCAAACUGAGCCUGGCAGACAGAGAUGAUUACAACAUCAAAGAAAUGCUGCCGUGUACUUUGGAGGAGGCACUUGUCGCUCUCAAAAUUGACCAAGGCAUGCAUAAGAUACUCGGUGAGGCAGUGGUGGUCACGUAUAUCGCAAUGAAACGAGGAGAACUGGAGCUUCUGAAGCUCAUGGACGACGAGCGGAGGAGAAACUGGAUAAUCGAGAGGUACUAG